GACUCCGGAUUUCCCUGCGCGGCGAGUUUUUCCACGAGUCGUGUUUCACGCUGGCUGUCAAGAACCAUGGACUGUUUUUGUAUGCCUUGCUUUCUGUCAAGACACCAUGACGCCUGGUAGCCGAAUGCUGAUGGUCAUUCUAUUGUGCCAAGUGAUCCUAGGAGGUUCCAACCGGGCCAGUUUGAUACCUGCUGAGACCGGGAAGAAGAAGGUGGCUGCAGGUUUGCAUCAACAGCAGCAGCAGCAGCGAGGAGGAGGAGGAGGAGGAGACGGAGACGGCGCCUCGGGAACUGCACACCGCCUGUUCCCAAACCAUGAACUCUUGCGUGGGUUCGAGGCCACCCUCCUCCAGAUGUUUGGGCUGCGCCGGCGGCCACAGCCCAGCAAAACAGCCAUCGUCCCCUCUUACAUGAUGGAUCUCUAUCGCCUCCAGUCUGGGGAUGAGGAGGAGAAUCUUCAAGAUCUCAACCUCCAAUAUCCCGAGAAAUCGACCAGCCGCGCCAACACCGUGAGAAGCUUUCACCAUGAAGAACACCUGGAACAUGUGGCCAACCCAUGGAACCAACCCACUCGCUUCCACUUCUUUUUCAACCUCAGCAGCGUGCCGCCCACUGAGCCAAUCUCUUCCGCGGAGCUGAGACUCUUUCGGCAGCAAGUCAAUGAAGGGGAGGCAGUGGCGACAGCAGCGGCUUGGGAGAAAGGCUUCCACCGGAUCAACAUUUAUGAGGUGAUGAAGCCCCUGCAAGGGGGGGACAUGGUCACCAGGCUGCUGGACACACGCCUGGUGCAUCACAAUGUGAGCCGCUGGGAAAGCUUUGAUGUGAGCCCCGCAGUCAUCCGAUGGACCGCAGGUGACCAGCCCAACCAUGGGCUGGCAGUGGAGGUGAUUCACCUCUACCCCGCGCAGACUCACCAGGGCAAACAUGUCCGGAUUAGCCGCUCUUUACCUCAAGGAGACCGUCUGGAGGAUGUCGAAUGGGCUCGCCUCCGGCCUCUCCUGGUCACCUUCAGCCACGAUGGCAGGGGCCAGUCUCUGCUCACGCGGAGGACCAAACGCAGCCCUAAGCAUGCACACCAGCGGCCGCGCAAGAGCAAGAAGAAUUGUCGCCGCCAUGCCCUGUACGUGGAUUUCAGUGAUGUGGGCUGGAAUGACUGGAUUGUAGCCCCACCAGGCUACCAAGCGUUCUAUUGCCACGGGGAUUGCCCUUUCCCUUUGGCUGACCACCUCAACUCUACUAACCAUGCCAUUGUGCAGACUCUGGUGAAUUCCGUCAACUCCAGCAUUCCCAAAGCCUGCUGUGUCCCCACAGAGCUGAGCGCCAUCUCCAUGCUCUAUUUGGAUGAGUACGAUAAAGUUGUUCUCAAGAACUACCAGGAAAUGGUAGUAGAGGGAUGUGGCUGUCGUUAAAGGGGGGGGGGCAAUAAGUUCUCCCUGCCUCUUCCACUUGCCACCUUCCAGCUUCCCUGGCCAAAAUGGGCCCAGGAUGAAGGGAGGGGGGG